UCCUCAGGAUUUUGCUCGUUACAUUAUUUUGCAACAGGAGAACAGAGACGCCUGAAAGGGACAGACAUCCCCCUACUGCAGCGGCUCCUCCAGGGACCUUCCAGAAACAACGCGCGCAUUUUCCUCAUGGAUAAAGAUGCAGAAGAAAUUAGCAGUGAUGUGGCUCAGUACAUUAACUUUCAUUUUUCUCUCUUGGAAUCCAUUCUUCAAAGAUUAAAUGAAGAAGAGAAAAGAGAGAUUCAACGAACAGUAACAAAAUUCAAUAGAGAAAAGGCUAUUAUCCUGAAAUGUCUUCAAAGCAAACGAGCAGUAAAAACAGAGACUACGGUUUAGCAGCACAGGCCACGACUGCUAAAACACUUCAACAAAGAGAGAUAUUACUAUUUGGUGAAUGCACAAAAUCUGUACUUGCAUUCAUACAAAUAUAUAUGACCUCAACUCUGUAGAAAUUUGAAUGUUGGAAAAGCUUGUUUCUCCCUGAGGUUGUGAACCUGAGGGUUCACAACUGGACUAAAAUGAGCUUGAAUUUAGUUUCAGUAACUGAAAUAAGCCUGGAUACCAUGUAUUCCAAAUUUCCUUUCUAGUAAAACAUGUAAUGAACUCGAAUAUAAAUGGUGUCUUCAAAUACGCAGAUUAAUCUUCUUUUAGCUUGAACUCUCCAGAGAGCUGAAACAUCAUCAAGCAACUAAAAAAUGACUCAGAAGUUAAAGCUGCCAGUUCUUGAAAUAAAAAAGAAGUACAUUUUCACACUGUCAAGGAAUCUGACGGGGACAGUGUUUCACAGCUCCUUGAAGACUCUGGCAUUUCAUAACGUCUGGGACAAUCUUUACAUGGGUAGGUGACUUCUGGCUAUCUGUGACAUCAGAGCUGUCUGUCCUUUGGGAAGGAAAAGAUUAUGGACUCUGUUAAAAAAUCCAGAUUGUAUUUUCUCAACCUGGGUCCUUUUUGUUUCUCUAUAUUCUACCGAUGACUUCCCAAACUAUUCUUAAGCUUUUUUUUAAAAGGUUAGUCAAAAUCGUUUUCUUUCUUUAUUUUUCCAAACAAAUAUACCACAGAUACUUAAUAUACUGCAUCAGCUAAAACAAAACUUGGUCCACAAGCACCUAUUGGUUGCUAAAUGAACGCAAUGGAUAAAGCAAAGCUGUUAUAGCUGAAGCUAGACAGAGAAUCUGGAGUUUUACCUCCUGGCAUCUUUCUUAUUCUGCAAGACGGCUCUCAAGGCACUUGCAGGUCUGCUUAGUCAUUUGAAAAAGCACUGAGAAUGAAGAAAUGCCACAAGUAUCAUCUAUGAUUUCAUUAUGAACUCUAUAUCAAAAUGGAGUUUUAUGUAAUAUCUUGCAUUCUCUAAACUAA